CGGAAGAAGAACAUCUUUUAUGGAAAAAUCGAAAUGACCCAGAUAAUAUACCAAACUGAUCUAAGAAAUAAUGUCUUUAGCGGCUGCUGAUAAGCUUUUAAAGAUUUUUGAAGCUUUGAAGAACUAUCGAGAUGGGAUUCCAGUCGUUGAUUCCAAUCCUUUGGCAAAAAAGAAGGAAGUUCUUCUAUCCAAGAAAGACAGAUUUUUACACAUAGGAACUAUCCCAGACUUAGUUUGCUCCACACAGAUAAAAGGUCUACAGGAAUUUCCUAAGCUUCUUGCCAUCGCUGUUGAYAGUCUACUAGCAUCUUGUAAUGAUGAUGAAUCAGAUGUUCGCCUUGUGGCUGGAGAGGCUCUUAAUAAACUUUUAAAGGAUCUAAUUGAUUCCAAUCUCUCUCGUUUACUUGUUGAACUAUACAAAGAAAUCAAAAAGAAUGAUGCUGCCAGRAGYCUUAAAGUYGCUCUUACAAGAUUUGCUGACAUAGCWCAUCUUAUACGACCACAAAAAUGCAGACCAUUUGUUGCUAAUUUGCUCCCUUGCUUGGGUCGAAUAUGCACACGCACAGAGGACCAAAUACAGGAAGCACUAGGGAUUGCCAUUCAAAAGAUCUUUCCAGUCCUUGGAAGUUUUACAAGUGAUGUUGAAGUCAAGCAAUUAAUGAAGGCAUUCAUUCCUAACCUCAAAUCUAACCAAGCAACUGCUAGGCGUACAGCUAGUUCAUGUCUAGCCAUCAUCUGUCAGCAUUCUCGCAAACCAACUAUGUUUUACGAGUGGCUUAUGAACAUCUUACUUGGAAUGGUUCUACCGUUGCAAGACUCAAAGCCAUCUCAUGUUUACCUUGGAGUGUUGAACUGCCUGAGGCAGUUAAUUCCUCAUCUUGAAGAUUCCUUCUCAAAAGAUGACAGUUUGAAAGGAAGUUUUGGGUCAUAUCRUAGUCUGUCUGUUAAUGGAAGUAUUGGGCAGAAGGAAGUUAACUUAAAACAGUUGUUACAGAUUUACGAGGUAAUAAUGCAAUGUACUCGACAUAGCGACCAUAAUGUCAUCAAUGCUGCACUAGAGACGCUUCAUCAGCUACUACGCACUCCACCAACACCACUCCUGACAGUACUGUUGUCUAAAGAUGGCAUAACACCCUCUAUAAAACCAGAUACCGUUGCUGGAGAUGACCUUGAGUCAACAAGUGAGAGAGAUUCAGCAGUUGGAGAYCUGGAUAACYUGUCUACUCCACCACAGGAUGUCGACAGUGUCUCAGACAUWACAAGCACAUCAGAUUUUUCUUCUCGUGAUGAURCAGUGUCUGUAACAACAACUUUGUCAACUGCUGAUUCAACGGACGAACUAACAAAGCAAAUAAGUACUCUUACAACUAACCAAUCGCCUGAUAUCAAAGACUCGACAACUGACUUAGAAAUGGAUGAAAGUGAGAGUGAAGACACUUUUGGKAGUAAAAUUCUAAAUCUCUCUGGCCCAAGACCAAGUAGGUCCCUAUCAGACCCUGGUGUUUUACCAGACGAAGAGGACAACAAUCAGUCUGUUGGUGCAUCCCAUAACGAUGACAGCCACCUCGAAACCGAAAUUCCUGAUAACCCAAUUCAUGAGAGUGAUCGCUUAAAUGAUGAUCUUGGGGAACUGAGUCAAGUCUCUGAAUCUUUGCGAACUGAGUCRGUGAAUACACAGGAAGUUCGUGUGCUUGUGGAAAGUAGUUUUGAAAUUGAUGCUGUYGCCUGUGAGGGGGUACCCAUGGUUCAUAUUGUCCGUGUGAUGUCAUCAUUCUUGUUAUCUGGACGUCCAGGUGAAGUUCUUSCUGACUCUAAUGUACGAGUUAGUGUCAAGUCCUUGGCWCUUUCUUGUAUUGCGCAAGCUGUUCGGUUACAYCCUGAGUCCUUUCUAGUUGGUAUUUUACCAAACAGCACAACUAAAGAUCAGUUAAUAAGAGAUAUCUUGUUAUUUAAUGCUCAUCCUGAUCCUCAGUUACGUGGUGGGCUGGCAUCUGUGUUAAGUCAUCUGAUCGCUGCAGGUCUUAAAAAGGGAAGGCUGAAUUUCAACCAAUGGAGUGAAACAUGUUGUAGUGAACACAACACAGCUGUUUUAAGUGUAGAAAGGGUAGUUUCUGUGCUGGGAGGAAUUCUACAAGAUGACUCACCUGUUUCUGUAAGGCAAGCCUGCUCAGCAUUGAAGGGUUGCUUCCAUGUUUUGUGUGCCAGUGAACACUGUCACUUGGUUCAAGACCUCAUUGAUGUAAUAAUUCAACUGAGGAAAAAUACCUACUGGCUUGUUAAGGUUGAGGUUCUAGAGUUGGUUGAGGCCAUGGACUUUAAAUUAAUUGCAUACUUGGAGUCAAACAAAAGCUUUCAUUCAAAGGAAAUCACUGAAAAAUGUCUAAAUUACACAAGUAUACAAGACACUGUACUUUAUGACGUUGUAUUUGCAAUGUUAAGUGAUGACGAUGGACGUGUGAGACAUGCUGCUGCUAACUGCUGUGUCAAACUGGUCCCUAAACUACUAAUGACAAUGGGAAAUAUGAAACAGCAAGCCAUCUCAAGGACUGUUUGUAACAGAUUAGAUGAACUGAAUAUCAGCAAAGAUCAUCAGCAAAAUUCCAAUAUCCUUCAAAAYUUAUCCAAAUUGGUAUCAAUGGCAACAGAAAUGCUAAAUCAUACCACUUCAAAAUUUCARAUGGUUGGAUGUAUACAUCUUCUUCAUGUUCUUGCCCAGUCCUUCCCAGUGGCUUCCUACCCAGGRGCCUGGGGCUGUACAGUAGCUAUACAUUGUAGCUCCCCUGCUUCUCCACACUUUUCUGGUAAAGGCACCCCACCCCGUCCUGGUAGUCCRAACAUGUGCUGCAGAGGGGGAGGUGGUGCUUUAUCUUUUGCUGUUUCUAGUGUAACAACAUCAUGGAUAGCUUAUGAUUUAGUGGCUCAUCAGAAUCUUUUGCAGCUUGCAGGUCAGUUGCUMUUUGGUAUUGCUGCCUCAGGCAUCCAACUUUCUGUCAAGAUGAACCAGCAUUCAGAGGAGACCUCAUCAAGUACCCAUGAAGCCUGGAAUGUCUUCAGUGAUAUUUCUGUUGCUCCUAUUGCAGAAAAACUUAUUGUACACCUUUUAAGAGUCUUAAACAUAUUUUCUCACUUGAUUGACGGCAUCAUGACACCUGGGGCUCAUUCAUUCAAAAUUAAUUUCCCAGGUCAAAAUAAAGAUAAAGACAAAACAGCCCACUCUCCUUCUUCAACUUCAUCUCCGCAGUCUACCUCAUCACCAACUCCAAUCCAACAUGUGUCGGCAGUACCAAAACGGCUCCUCAAAUCAAAAAGAACUAUGUCUGAAGCUGAUCUUGCCAGCGCAGAUAAAUCACCUUCCAAAUCAGGGGGUGGGGGUCAGGGUACUGAUAGUGAGCCAGCACAUCCCCAUACCCCUACCCCCAAAAGUACUAGUGGUACAUUUCAUAAUUUACCCCAUUAUAUGAAACUGUUUGAUGUGAUGAAGGGAGCAUUUUGUAACUAUCAGGUUAGUCUUGCACCACAAGACAAGUUUGUAAGUUUUCUGCAGAACACUCUAGAUGUCCUUUCACAUUUCAUGGAAAUAUUAUCAUUUACAGACAUUAAUAAGCAUUUUGAAGAGAUACUAGGAUACCUUCAAGUUUGUGUUAAAGUGGAGCCUUGUAAGACUUUGCUAAGUGUACAGCAGCUUUUACGUGUCAUGUUUGGAGUUAAUGCUGUAUCACAAGCAGAUCUAGUCCAGUCGGCAGUGUUUCCAAGUUGCCUGGAAAGAACUUUAAUUACUUUACCUACCAUCGGAUCGUCAUCUGAUGAUGACAAUAGUGGAKUAUACAAGGAACUAUUUGAGUUUCCUCAAAUGCUGUACCGCCAAUCUAUUGAAAAAGUCAUACUGAAAGAUGAGGAAGGAGAAAGUUCUUUGAAAAGGGGUAUUGGAAGCCUGUUUAAAAAGAUUCGUAAAAGAACAGGAUCACUUAUCMGACCUUCUGUCAAGAUUGACAAACAAUCACCUAUCCAUUCAUAUAUUCGUCUCUUUGAACCCCUUGUMAUUAGAGCUCUUAAAGAAUUUACUAUCACAACUUCCAUUUCCCUUCAACAACAAGUUCUCAGUUUAUUAGCUCAGCUCAUCAAGCUACGUGUGAAUUAUGCACUCCUUGAUGCAGACCAGGUCUUUAUAACAUAUAUUCAAAAGCAGUUUGAAUUUGUUGAUGCUGGYCAAAUCAAGGAUUGUGAUGUACUCCUUCCAUUUGUUUUCCAAUUUCUUGUCCUGUUGUCAUAUGAUUGCUUUCAACCUAAGUUCAACCAGGCUAAAGCYAUUGUAGGAAUGCCCAAAGUCAUUCAGUUGUGUGAUGGUUUGAUGGCCAGUGGGCAGUCUGCCAAAACCCAUGCAAUUCCAGCAUUACAGCCCAUYGUUCAUGAUCUUUUUAUGCUCCGAACUCUUGGCAAAGCUGACACUGCUAAGGAGGUUGAGACACAAAGGGAAGUUGUUGUGUCCAUGCUUCUUAGAUUUGUUCAGUACUCAGAGGUGCUUGAGAUGUUAACUAUWGUUUUAAACUGCUAUCAAAGAGAGGACGAUGACAAGUGGAAGAAGAUGUGUGAUGUGUUACAAAGGUUGGAAGAUGACACAAUCUGUGAGCAAGAUUUAAAAAUGCAGGAGCAGCAAGCAGAAACUCCUGAAAAGAUAUUCAGCAUGUUUUUAUUGCAAGCCAUGUUCAUCACUGUGCAGCGUAUUGUUAUGUUAUCAAAUGCUGCAGAUAUYAAUGGACUGGAGUCUUCAAUAUUUCUUCAYAAACAGUUUUGUCGACUUGCUGUUUCUGUCAAUCACAUGUUUAAAUCUGAAAACUACUCACGUGUAACUAUGGCAACAUCRUGUYUACUCAACAACAAACCACUACACCAAUAUAUAGUCAAGAUCAAUGCAUCUCUUGCCAAUAUCAUCCCCACCCACCCCCUGAUAGUYUUACAUUGGGCUGACAUUCUUAGAUGCCUUUCAUAUGAUAAUUCAGCAUACUGGUAUAACCUGAUCCAAACCAGUUUACCAGCUCAUCAAGAUGCAAAAGAAGCACAUGACUUAAUUCAGCCAAUCAACAGAGAGAUCACAAAACAAGCUGCCAUCCUCUUGUACUGUGACCUUUUGGUUGCCAAGGAAACUGAUCAACCAGGUUCCAGCUUGACAGAGGUGUCUGUACUACUGCAGUCUUAUCUUGAAGAUUUGAUAGAACUUGAUCAUGAAACACCAGUUGCUAAGUUACUCAGCAUUCUUCACCGAAGUGAAGAUGGUAGCCGUACUCUUCUUGAAACAUUUAUCGCAAGUUACACAUUGCAAUCAAAGAAACAAGAACGUGAGAUUACCUUCACAAGGCAUCUUGUCAGUUGUCUCUCAAAUGUUCACAGCUCGCAAACAUGUCUUUUGUUGAAGAUUCUUGCUGAAUUCUUCUUUGACUCUCACUGCCGMUCCAUMACUSGUCAUGUGGAGGGYAUUAUCUGCAAACGACUKGACGUGGAGAUCUCACGUCUCAAGGACCCAAAUAAUGAAACAUCUGCAGAAGAACUGACUGCAGUUUGCAAUCUUAUGGCAUCAAAGAAACACAUCCAAAGGAACCCUCGCCUUUACUCUCUUGUUCAUCAUAUACUACAAUCAUCAAAGCCUGAUAUAUYGUGUUCUGCACAGUUGGUGUCCAGCAUGACUACUACAAUAGACCAGGAAUGGUAUUCACGGCUUGUGUCGCAUUGUUGCUUUGCAUCUGGUGCACAAGAUAGUUCCCUCAAACCAAGAAACAGUCAAGAAACGAUUCAUCUCUUAAGUGCUUUGAGUUUUACUGCAGUUUGUAAUAUAAUGAGUGAUCAGGCCUUUGACAUAUCWCUCUUGGAAGAUUGUAUUCUACAUGGUGUAGAACGUACCAUACAAUUCACAUGUCGAAGAUUAAGUAUCGAGGGAAAUGUAUCCAAGCCUUAUGAAAAUACAGAGCACUUUGAAAGUACUGGUGUUGACCACUUGUUGCUGGCAGCUAAACUAACCAUGUUUAGGCAUAUGUAUCAWGUAGUGAAUGAUGUCAUGACAACAGUCCCUUGUGAAGCCCAAGAUGAAGGUAAUACUUCAACCCGURUUGUGAUCAACAAGGAUAAAUUCAUGGCGUUUUACAAGGACAAGGAGCACUGUAUUCUGGACUUAGCCAGGGCUAUUGUCUCUUACUGCACUGUGGUCGUAUCGCUACCAAGACAGUGCAACCUGUCACAAGAAGAAAUCAACUGUCUUUGUAGAUUUAUCUUUCUUCCCCUCACAAUGUUGUACAAUAAGUUUGUGGCAGGUGAACUACCAAGCACGUUUGAACUCAAAAUAGUCUUGAAUUGUCUUGGCAAGCUUCUUAUGAUGGACUACACGCAAAGUGUAAAUAACGUGGAAUAUGUAACAUUAAUCUGCCAAGCCAUUAAUCAAGUGUAUACUCUAAUAAAAGCAGUCUCUCUCAAUGGCUGUGAAAAGCUGGUACAUGAAAGCAAUGAAAAUAGUUCACAACAAGCUUCUGAGCGUGAAGAUGAAUUUCAAUCAAUCACAGUGGCGUGUGACCAGAUAUCAGAUCUCAUCAGCUAUACAUACACAUACCUGAGGCCUGGGUCCCACUCCUGCUCAGUCCUCCCUCAGUUUCUUUACGAGCCCUUUAGAUUGACUUUCUUAGGCCUAGCAAGGCGUCCACUGGUCAAUAGUUAUGCUCGUACACCACCUAUUGUUUGGAAACUGGGAUGGAUGCCAACACCUGAAGGGCCACUGAAAACUGAAUUGCCUCCAUUGCCGAUAGAGAUACUAAAAGAGAAAGAUGUUCUCAAUGAGUUUGUUAUGAGAGUGAACAUUCUAGGUUGGAUCAAUCGUCAGCAGUUUGAAGAGACCUGGGCUGCUUUACUUGGUGUACUGAGUUCUCCACCACUUCCUGAAAAUGUCACUCCAGAGGAGGAUAUGGAAGCAUCUCAUUCAUGCUGUUUGGCUGUCCGCUGUAUAGCGUCACUUCUUCUCCAAACAACUUUGUACCCAUACCCUGGGAACUGCUCGGCCAGUGGCUACCUACACAGUCCCAGGCAYCGAGACUUACCUUUCCUUGGUAGCAGAGCUGGAAAGAAGUUGUCUGUGGUCAGAGGUUUGGUAGAAGAAGAAUUUGUCAACACUUGUUGCAUUGGAGCCGGAAGAUCGUAUUUAACACGUGAGGACAUCAGACACGAGCAGUCAGCAAGUUUUCGUCGCUCUAACAGUUUCAUCACAAGUCAUGGCAACACAUCMACAUGGACUAGUAACAAACUAAUCUUUGAUAAUCCCCUGUAUGGUCUCAACAUAGAUAGAAUUCUUGGCUUUCAUGAAUACACUUUUGGACAGCUUUCUAUAAAUGGUCUUCAUAGUCAAGCACAGGCUCAAUUACAAGAAUAUCCAGACAGYGAAGACGAUGCUGCAGUUGUCAUUUCAAUGCCUCGGAUGCCAAAACCCGAGAAACUUGACAUACGCUCAUGUCUYCAGUUCUURCUUGAACUCUUUGAGCAGUGGAUGUCACCUUAUGUCCAACCUAAAACUCCUCUCAUGCUCUUGUCAGAGGCUACAAAAGCGUUGGUGGUGUUUUCGGAUUUGUUUAUUGAYGGYCAUCAYUUUGAGUGGGUUUUGAACACCUUGCUUGAUCUUUACCAAAAUCACCCAACAGAAGACGAUCUUCUUACACAGUACUCGUUACCAGUAAUUUGUAAGGCUUUGGCUUUCUUAAAGAUGGAAGGGCAAACUGCAGAGAAAGUUUGUAAAAUAAUCGAAACGUCAUUAAAAAGUCCACACAUCCCACUUCAGAUGUCUGGUUUAUAUGGUGCUAUGUAUAUCUUGGAGUCUCAUGUUCCUUCUGUUGCUGCUAUUUUGAUUCCAACUCUGACGGAGCACCUUUCAAAACGACUUAAUUCACUUCAAAAUGCUGUCAUGUUUGCRCAACAGCAUCUCCUGGUGAUGUGGUCAGCAGUUUUCUAUCUAAUUGAACAUUACAAUGAUGAAAUCUCCGAUGCAGACUUCAAACCCAACGUCCUCAAAGUUGCAGUACGUCUUGCUUCAUCCAAUGAAGAGAGCACGCCGCUGGCCGUGUAUCAUGCYAUCAUGAGAGGCCUGGAACGACUUGUAGUKUCAUUUGCUUUGUCGUCAACUGAGAGUGAUUCWUUAGUCAAACUCAGUGCUGAUAGAUUAUCCAUGCAAAAUCCCCAGCGAUCCAUCUCGGCCCUAGGCCUACUMAUCACAUGUAUGUACACAGGYAAAAUUGGUGACAGACCCAGUGGUAUUUACCCUCAGCCUGAUACGACUGAGUUUCCAAMUGAAGAUCGAUUGCUAAUCGCUAUGGAAAGGGUUACUGUCCUCUUCGACAGGAUACGGAAGGGAUUUCCCUCCGAGGCUCAAAUCGUUUCACGAGUUCUACCUCGGCUACUCCUCGAUUUUUUCCCUUCACAAGAAAUUAUGAAUAAAGUGAUUGGAGAGUUUUUAUCCAGUCAACAGCCCCACCCUGAACUCAUGGCUGAAGUCUUGUUCAAGGUGUUUGAAGGACUUCAUAGUCAAGGGCAACAGUCAGAAGUCAGUGACUGGGUCGUUCUYUCACUUGGUAGCUUCGUGCAAAGAACGCCGCUGUCCAUGGCUGUAUGGAGUCUGUCAUGUUUUUUCAUWAGUGCUUCAACAAGCAGAUGGAUAAGAGCUUUAUUUCCACAUAUCUUGGGUCGAAUGAAUAAAUUAGAAGAAAUUGACAAAAAAUAUUUUUGUGCUUUUGCUGUGGACUUUUACAGAAAUCAGAACUUAGAUGAUUCUCAGAAAAAGAACUUCUUAACGACCUUCAAACGAGUAGCAACACCCGGCACACCCUACUAUUUACUGACCGCUGCUUGUGAAAAAUAAAUACCCUAGGAACCRAUYAAGAACUGGAACCUAGCAACGUUGACUUCGGUAAGGCAUGGUUACCCAACAACAAGACGUGGUUAUCAGGUGUGGCGAUGAGGCGCGAUAUAAGCUCUAUCUGGUACCAAUAAGGCAUGGUUACCUAGUUCAUUAACGAAGCUUGGUUACCUGGAAUCCUUAUAAAAGUCAGCCAGAUAGAUCUAAACUGAUAGCGUAACAUUUGCAGGCAAAUUUAAUGAUUCCUUAGAAUGGGACAUAAUUUUUAAUAUGUUAACCGCUGGUCAACGUUAUGAGGCUCAUAACGGCUGCGAACGGAGAGUACUUUUAGUCACGUGACUAUUGAACCCACGUGAUUACGACUAGUUUUCUACAAGAUUAGACAUUAUGGGAUAGCAUCUUUGUAAAACUUCUUUCGAUGACAAAUAGCGUAGCGUAGACAUUUAUAUGAAAUAGAAGAGUUUAUAGAAAUCCUAGAACCCAUGGCUUGUCAUGGAAAAAUAUCUAAAUCUUUGAGAUUUAAAAUAUCAUUACAAAAAUAAUUACGGGUCAAAAAAGGUUUUAAAAAAGAAAUUCAGAUUAAUAAUAAAAUUUAAGAAAUUAAAGAAUUGAUAAAUUCGA